AUGAGAGCCGCGGCCACCCUGGGCUGGACGCUGCGGACCUGCGUGUCGGUGCUGGUGCUGGUGCUGGUCAGCGCGCCUUUGUCGGAGUGCUUCGGCCACCACCGCCGCCGCAGCCGCCCGGUGCCCCUGCCCUCCCGGGCCCGGCCCGGCUCCCUGUUGGCCCGGUUGGACCCGGACGCCGCCGGGCGCACCUGCGCUUUGCGAAGAGUCACGGCGCCCCAGUUUGCGAGCGGUUGGUUGCGAAUCCAGACGGUGACCCCCAACAACACCCCCACCCCCACCAACACCAACACCACCGGCGGCGGAGGCGGCGCCGUUACGCUGUGGCUCUCGCGCCGCCCGGACUGCGCGGCUUUGGGUCACAACCCUUUCUCCGUCCACCUGACCAGCUACUGCCCGGGCGGGUCCGGGGGCUUCUUCUCCACCGCGCGCCUUGACCUGCGCGUCCUCGGGCUCCGGUGCCCCUCGGCCGAGCCGCGGCCUCCGGCCGACGCCGCCUUCCGAGUGGACGGGAGGCUGGUGGCCCCGGACGGCCUGUGCCUGCGGCCGGACGCGUGGCCGGAGGUGGUCGUGCGCUGCGAGCGGUGCCCGGCGCGGGGGGGCCUCGCGGUCACCGUCACCGUCACCGUCCGCCUGCGACCACCACGACGACCACGACCACGACGGAGCGUCAACACCGGACCCCAGUUCCAGCCCCCGGCCUACCAGGUGUCGGUACCGGAGAACGAACCGGCGGGCACGAGCGUGGUGACCGUGCGGGCGGUGGACCCGGACGAGGGCGAGGCCGGGCGGCUGGAGUACUCCAUGGACGCCCUCUUCUACAGCCGCUCGAACGACCUGUUCGCCCUCGACCCGCUGACCGGCGCCGUGACGACGGUCCGGAGCCUGGACCGGGAGACCAAGGCCACGCACGUGUUCCGGGUGCUGGCCGUCGACCGCGGGAGCCCCCGGCGCACGGCCAUGGCCACCCUGUCGGUCACGGUGCGGGACACCAACGACCACGACCCGCUGUUCGAGCAGCGGGAGUACCGGGAGAGCGUGCGCGAGAACCUGGAGGUGGGCUACGAGGUGCUGACCGUCCGGGCCACCGACGCCGACGAGCUGCCCAACGCCGACGUGGUGUACCGCUUCCUGAACGGCGACGAGGGCCCGAACCGGGCGUUCGAGAUCGACCCGCGCUCGGGCGUCAUCCGGACCCGCGGGCCGGUCGACCGGGAGGCGGUGGCCUCGUACCGGCUGCUGGUCGAGGCCGACGACCAGGGCCGGGGCCCAGGGCCGAGCCGGAGCUCGACGGCCACCGUGCACAUCGCGGUGGAGGACGACAACGACAACAGCCCGCAGUUCGGGCAGCAGCGCUACUCGUGCCGGGUGCCGGAGGACGCCCGGCCCGACAGCCCGGUGGCCCGGGUGCGGGCCACCGACCGGGACGCCGGGCCCAACGCGGCCGUGCACUACAGCAUCGUGGGCGGCAACACCCGCGGCCAGUUCCACGUCGACGCCCGGAGCGGCCGGGUCGACGUGGUGGGCCGCUUGGACUACGAGGCCAUCCGGGAGUACACGCUGCGGAUCCGGGCCCAGGACGGCGGGCGGCCGCCCCUGUCCAACGCCAGCGGCCUCCUGACCGUGCGGGUGCUGGACGUGAACGACAACGCGCCGCUGUUCGUCAGCAGCCCGUUCCGGGCCAGCCUGCUGGAGAGCGUGCCGGUCGGCCACUCGGUGCUGCAGGCCCGGGCCGUCGACGCCGACUCGGGCGACAACUCGCGCCUCGAGUACCGGCUGGUGGGCGGCCCGCCGGCCCUGCCCUUCGCCGUCCAGGCCCAGACCGGCUGGAUCGUGGUGGGCCGGCCGCUGGACCGCGAGGCGGUCGACACUUACCGGUUCGGGGUGGAGGCCCGGGACCACGGCCGGCCGGCCCGGCUCUCGUCGUCGUCGGCCGUGACGGUGACCGUGCUCGACGUGAACGACAACAGCCCCGAGUUCGAGCGGCCCGCCUACCAGGUCCGGCUGAACGAGGACGCGGCCGUGGGCUCCAGCGUGCUGACCGUGCGGGCCGUCGACCGGGACGCCGGCGGCGGCGGCGUCACCUACCAGAUCACCGGCGGCAACACCCGCAACCGCUUCUCCAUCAGCAGCCAGGCCGCCGGUAACGGUGGUAACACCGGCGCCGGUAACACCGGUACCGGUACCGGCACCACCGGCGGCGGCCUGAUCUCCUUGGCCCUGCCGCUGGACUACAAGCUGGAGCGGCAGUACACGCUGACGGUGGCGGCCAGCGACGGCACCCGCUCCGACACGGUCCAGGUGCUGGUCAACGUGACCGACGCCAACACCCACCGGCCCGUCUUCCAGAGCUCGCACUACACGGUCGACGUGGACGAGGACCGGGCCGUGGGCACCACCGUGGUGGUCAUCGGGGCCACCGACGAGGACACGGGCGAGAACGCCCGCAUCAGCUACUUCAUGGAGGACAGCAUCCCCCAGUUCCGGAUCGGGCCGGACUCCGGGGCCGUGACCACCCUGACCGACCUGGACUACGAGGACCAGGUGUCCUACACGCUGGCCAUCACGGCCAAGGACAACGGGAUCCCGCAGAAGUCGGACACCACCUACCUGGAGAUCCUGGUCAACGACGUGAACGACAACCCGCCCCGGUUCCUGCGGGACGGCUACCAGGGCUCGGUCCACGAGGACGUGCCCGCCUUCACCAGCGUCCUGCAGGUGUCCGCCGCCGACCGGGACUCCGGCCUGAACGGCCGCGUGUUCUACACUUUCCAAGGCGGGGACGACGGCGAGGGGGACUUCAUCGUCGAGUCCACCUCCGGCAUCGUGAGGACCCUACGCAGGCUGGACCGAGAGAACGUCCCCGUGUACGACCUCAAGGCUUUUGCGGUGGAUAAAGGGGUCCCUCCCAUGAAGACGCCCAUUGACAUCCAAGUCACCGUGUUGGACGUCAACGACAACCCUCCGGUCUUCGAGAAGGACGAGUUUGAUAUAUUUGUGGACGAGAACAGUCCGAUAGGGCUAGUGGUGGCGCGGGUCACGGCCACCGACCCGGACGAAGGCACCAACGCUCAAAUCAUGUACCAGAUCGUGGAGGGGAACAUUCCCGAAGUCUUCCAGUUGGAUAUCUUUUCCGGGGAGUUGACGGCGCUGACGGAUCUGGAUUACGAAACCAAGUCCGAGUACGUGAUCGUGGUUCAGGCCACCUCGGCGCCUCUGGUCAGCCGGGCCACGGUUCACAUCCGCCUCUUGGACAAAAACGAUAAUAUUCCCCGCUUGAAAAACUUCGAGAUCAUCUUCAACAACUACAUCACCAACAAGUCCAGCAGUUUCCCCACCGGAGUGAUCGGCAGAAUCCCCGCUCACGACCCCGACGUCUCCGACGCGCUUUAUUACGGCUUCGAACACGGGAAUGAGCUAAAUCUGGUCAUUCUCAACCAAACCACGGGGGAGUUGAGGCUGAGCCGCGCUUUGGACAACAACAGGCCCCUUGAAGCCAUCAUGAGGGUUUCUGUAUCGGAUGGUAUUCACAGUGUGACAGCUCAGUGUACGCUGCACGUCACCAUCAUUACCGAUGAAAUGUUAACCAACAGCAUCACUUUACGUCUGGAGAACAUGUCCCAGGAAAUGUUCCUUUCUCCACUUCUCUCGUUAUUUGUUGAAGGAGUGGCCACCGUGUUGUCCGCCAUGAGGGAGGACAUUGUGAUAUUCAACAUCCAGAACGACACGGACGUAAGGGCCACUAUCCUCAACGUCAGUCUGUCCGUCUUGCUGCCCGAUGGGGCCCAUAAUCAAUUUUUCUCUUCCGAGGACCUGCAAGAGCAGAUUUAUCUCAACCGCACGCUCCUCACUGCCAUCUCCACCCAGAGGGUGCUGCCUUUUGAUGACAAUAUCUGCCUCAGGGAGCCUUGUGAGAAUUACAUGAAGUGUGUGUCCGUUUUGAAGUUUGACAGCUCAGCUCCAUUCAUUUCCUCGGGCACCAUCCUCUUUCGUCCCAUUCACCCAAUCAACGGCCUGAGAUGUAGAUGCCCGGCUGGGUUUACCGGAGAUUACUGUGAAACGGAAAUCGACCUCUGUUACUCCAACCCCUGUGGAAACAAUGGGAUCUGUCGCAGUAAGGAAGGAGGUUAUACCUGCGAAUGCCAUGAAGACCACACAGGUGAUCGCUGUGAGGUGAACUCACGGUCAGGCCGCUGUUCUCCAGGGGUUUGCCGUAACGGAGGCUCGUGCGUGAACCUGCUAGUGGGAGGCUUCAAGUGCGACUGUCUGCCGGGCGAGUACGAAAAGCCGUACUGCGAGAUGACAACUCGCAGUUUCCCCUCCCAGUCCUUCAUCACCUUCAAGGGGCUACGGCAGCGAUUUCACUUCAGCAUCUCGCUCACGUUCGCCACCAAGAAGAAAAACGGGCUGCUCUUGUACAAUGGACGUUUCAAUGAGAAACAUGACUUUAUAGCCUUGGAAAUUAUUAAUGAGCAGAUCCACUUGACGUUUUCUGCAGGAGAGUCGAGAACAAUGGUAACCCCUUACAUCCCAGGAGGAGUGAGCGACGGGCAGUGGCACACAGUACAGCUUCACUACUAUAACAAGCCUGUCAUUGGGAGGUCGGGUGUCCCUCAAGGUCCAUCUGAGCAAAAAGUUACCGUUGUUACUGUUGACGACUGUGAUACUUCUGUGGCCCUCCACUUUGGCAGCCUCAUUGGGAACUACUCCUGUUCCGCUGAAGGAACCCAGUCAGGGUCAAAAAAAUCCUUGGAUUUGACGGGUCCUUUGCUUCUCGGAGGUGUCCCCAACCUACCCGAAGAUUUUCCUCUGCAAAAUCACGAGUUUGUGGGGUGUAUGAAGAACCUGUUUAUUGACAACCAGCAGAUUGACAUGGCUGAUUUUAUAGCAAAUAAUGGGACGGUAUCAGGCUGCUCAGCAAAGUGGAACUUCUGUGAUUCGAACACGUGCAAGAACGGAGGGACCUGUGUGAACAGGUGGGAGACCUUCAGCUGUGAGUGUCCAUUGGGCUUCGGAGGCAAGAAGUGUGAGCAAGUAAUGGCCAGCCCUCAGCGGUUCCUGGGGAACAGUCUUGCCUCGUGGAACAACCUUCUCAACACCAUCACUUUGCCCUGGUACAUCGGACUAAUGUUCCGCACCAGGCUAGCAACUGGCAUUUUGAUCCGUGUGGAUGCUGGUCAGUUCUCCACCGUAAGCAUUCAGCUCAGCGAGGGCAGCGUGAUGUUAGCUGUGUAUCGUUCAAGCACCCAGGUCACAGCAUUGACGCUGGAGCAAGUAAAGGUCAACGAUGGAGACUGGCAUCAUUUACAUUUGGAAUUAAGAAGUUCGAAAGACGGACAGGAGACCAAGUACAUAGCUCUCAUGUCUAUUGACUACGGGCUUCACCAGACGAUGGUGGAAAUUGGCAAUGAGCUGCAUGGUCUGAAGCUGAAGAUCAUUAACAUUGGUGGAGUUUCAGGGGACGAUGGGAAUGUUCUACAGGGUUUCCGUGGAUGCAUGCAGGGGGUCCGAAUUGGCGAGACGUUUUCCAGUGCCGUGGCUCUGAACAUCAACCUCGCCGAAAAGGUGAACAUAGAGAGAGGUUGCAAUGUUCCCGAUCCCUGCGAUUCCAGCCCUUGCCCUUCAAACAGCUACUGCAGCGAUGACUGGGAUAGCUACUCGUGUAGCUGCGACCCAGGAUACUAUGGUGAGGAAUGUCAGGAUGUUUGCUCCCUGAACCCCUGCGAGCACCAGUCUGCGUGUACCCGCAAACCCAGCUCUUCACACGGCUACACCUGCGACUGUUCGGAGAACUACUUCGGACAGUACUGUGAGAACAAGAUUGACCAGCCCUGCCCUAGAGGAUGGUGGGGACAUCCUAUCUGCGGACCUUGCAGUUGUGACACCGGCAGUGGGUUUGAUGCUGAUUGCAACAAGACGACUGGGGAUUGCAGAUGUAAGGAAAAUCACUACUGGCCUCCCGGAAGUGAGGCCUGCUACCCCUGUGACUGUUACCCAACAGGUUCUUUGUCUCGCAUGUGCGACAUGGAGACUGGCCAGUGCCAGUGUAAGCCGGGGGUCAUUGGAAGGCAGUGUGACCACUGUGACAACCCUUUUGCGGAGGUUUCCCCCAACGGCUGUGAAGUGAUUUACGACAGCUGUCCGCGAGCCAUUGAAGCAGAGAUCUGGUGGCCCAGAACCAAGUUUGGACUGCCCGCUGCAGUGCCUUGCCCCAAAGGAUCAAUCGGAACAGGGAUCAGGCACUGUGAUGAACAUAGGGGCUGGCUCCCUCCUAACCUCUUCAACUGCACCACCAAUACCUUUGUCGAGCUAAAAGUCAUCGCUGACAAGCUGAACCGGAAUGAGACGUCGCUGGACGUGGAAAAAUCCAAGCAAAUGGCGCUGCUACUACAGAACGCCACUCGGUACACGGACGCAUACUUCGGCAGCGACGUUAAGAUCGCGUACCAUUUGGUAUCCAAAAUCCUGGAGUUUGAGAACGCCCAAGAGGGAUUUAAUCUAGCCGCCACCCAGGACGUGCAGUUCACAGAGAACCUCAUUAAAGUCGGCAACUCAAUUCUGGAGGCGAGUAACAAACAGCACUGGGACAUGAUCCAGCAAACAGACGGAGGGACUGCUCACCUGCUCAGGUGUUACGAGAACUACGCGAACGCUCUGGCACAAAACAUGAGAAAAACCUACCUCAGCCCUUUCACCAUCGUCACUCCCAAUAUGGUGAUUUCGGUCGAUCGGCUCCGCAAGCUGAACUUUGCCGGAGUCAAACUCCCUCGCUAUGACUCCGUGCGGGGAGAGAAGCCAGCCGACAGGGAGACAGCAGCCAUCCUCCCCGAGUCCAUCUUCCGACCGGCGGAGAACAAACUCUCUUCGCCGGACAGUCCCAGAACCACGGAGCCCUCCACAGAAGAGGAAAACGCACCCCUGUACAGGCAGAAGCGUCACCCAGAGACAAACGAAGAGGACGCCAUCGCCACUAUCAUUAUCUACUGGACGCUGGGAGAGCUGUUACCGGAGCAGUACGACCCUGACAAGCGAAGCCUGAGGGUUCCCAAGCGACCGGUCAUCAACAGCCCGAUCGUCAGCGUCACCGUCCACGACAAUGAUGAGCUGCUGGAGCACGAGUUGGAAAACCCGAUCACCGUGCACUACCGGCUGUUCGAAACCGAAGAGCGCUCCAAACCCAUCUGCGUGUUCUGGAACCACUCCAUCCAUGUCGGCGGAACGGGAGGCUGGUCCUCAAAGGGCUGUGAGCUGCUCUUCAGGAACGAGACCCACAUCAGCUGUCAGUGCAAUCACAUGACCAGUUUUGCCGUUCUCAUGGACAUCUCCAGACGAGAGAACGGUGAGAUACUACCUCUGAAGCUCGUCACGUACACCACCGUGGCAAUCUCGCUGGGGGCUUUGCUCCUGUCCUUCCUGGUGCUUCUGUUCCUGAGGUCCCUGCGUUCGAACCAGCACAGCAUCAGCAAGAACAUGGUGGUUGCUCUCUUCUCCUCUGAGCUGAUCUUCCUCCUGGGCAUCAACCAGGCUGACAACCCGUUUGUCUGCACUGUGAUCGCCAUCAUGCUCCACUUCUUCUACAUGUGCACCUUUGCCUGGAUGUUCCUGGAAGGACUUCACAUCUACCGGAUGCUGACCGAAGUCCGCGACAUCAACUACGGGCCCAUGCGCUUCUACUACAUGGUGGGCUGGGGGGUUCCUGCCUUCAUCACAGGGUUGGCCGUGGGUCUCGACCCAGAGGGAUAUGGUAAUCCCGACUUCUGUUGGCUCUCCAUGUUCGACAAGCUGAUCUGGAGCUUUGCAGGCCCCAUCGCGCUCUCAGUUUCUAUGAACGUUUUCCUGUACAUUCUGUCUGCCAAAGCCUCCUGUAGACCCCGGCACCAAGGCUUCGAGAAGAAGGGGACUGUAUCUGGAUUACGCACCUCGUUUGUGGUGCUGCUUCUCGUCAGCACCACGUGGCUCUUUGCAGUGCUGUCAGUGAACAACGACACCAUUAUCUUCCACUAUCUCUUCGCUGGAUUCAACUGUCUGCAGGGUCCGUUCAUCUUCAUCUUCCGCUGUCUCCUCAACAAGGAAGUACGGAAAGCCAUCAAGUACACCUUCAGUAAGAAGCACAUCGACGACACCAUCGUAACAACAAAGUCAACGCUAGCUUCUUCGCUUUGCAAUAACACCUACAUCGACGGUCGGGCAUAUCGCUCAGCAUUCGGGGAUUCCACCGGCUCGCUGAGCAGUGCUACAAGAUCAGGGAAAAGCCACAACAGUUACAUUGCAUUUGUUCUCAGGGAAGAAGCUGCCUUGAAUAACAGCACCUCUAGUCAGGCCCACAUUGCUCUGACUGACCACAACACUUCCUUAUUCCAUGAGAUCAAGGGUGCUCCAGAUGAGCACGAUUCGGACUCGGACAGUGACCUUUCACUGGAGGAUGACCAAAGCGGAUCGUACGCCUCCACUCAUUCUUCAGACAGCGAAGAAGAUGCAGAGUUUCAAGCCGAGCCAGGUUGGGAGAAUGUUAUAUCCCCAAAUAAUGAAAAGCUCAACGCCCACAGUACGCCAAAAGUGGACAACAUAUCCGCUCAUGUGAAGCCUUACUGGCCAGGAGAGUUCAUGACGACAGCAAGCGAAAGCGAGGGUCACGCUGGGUCGGAGAAACUGAAGGUAGAGACGGUAGCGAAUAUCGAGCUUCAUCGAGAAAAGCUCAACCAUGUGGACGAAAGGCCAAAGGAGAACGGAGAUACUCUGUAUAAAGAAAGUUCCGUGACGUCAAUGCCGAACCCUAAUGCACAGCCUCAGAAAGGAAUCCUGAAAAACAAAGGGCUCCCGCUGUUCACAGAGAAGAACAGCAUCAACCGAAUUCACAAUGAACUUUCCAAUCAUAAACCGGCAACUGUGUCCUCUCGGGCCUCUUCGGUGGCAUCCAGUGAGGGGAGUCGGUCUGGGGGGCUGGCCAAACUGAGACCGAUGGCGGUGGGCGAGCAGAUGAACGGAGUCAUGCCCAUCCCCAUGAGCAUUAAAGCUGGCACAGUGGAUGAGGACUCGUCAGGGUCUGAUAGCAGUGACGAGACCUCGAUAUGAACCCCUCACAUCAGCGUAGGACACGGAGGAUUCCUAAGAGCAGCAGCAAUGUCACUUUGUUUACCUCAGACAAGCCUGGGUGACUUGCCUUGCCCCAAGGGACAAAGCUAUGAGUUGCAAACACUGUCUAAAGGAAAGAAACUUACUGUCACAUGGAGCGUGGGGCUGAGAAAGGUGUGACUACUUAACGUUCAUAUCAGUGCCAAAUCCUAUUGACACACAGCUUUGCGAGCGUGUGAGCGUGCAUGCUAACGGACCAAGUGACGGCCUGGGGCUAGACUCCGACAUAGUCUGAACGCACCCGGAUGGAUUUUGGACCAGGUCGGGACGCAGAGCACUGAAGAACUGAAAUUCGAAAGAAGGCGACUUUGGAACUUCGGAAUUUCGUAUUCUCAAAUUUUUAAGUGCAACGAACGGAAGAUUUAAAAGCUUCAGGGAAUUUAUUGUAAUUAACUAUGUUUAUAUAAGGUCUGUUUGCGAUUACACCCCUGUGCCACCCCCCACCCCCAAAAGCUCCCUAAGACUGUCUCAGUCUCUGUACUUGUCGCCACGCUCCUCUCUUCGAUUCCAUUCCUUUUUUCCCCUGGUUCGAAGGCUGACGUAAACCAAUGUUACAUGACAUACAUCAUUUCGUAGUGAAGUCACCAGCCAAGCAGAAAAGCCCACUUGUGGUGUAAAGCUUCCCUUUGUCCUGAAUGCAGAUACAGCACUUUUUACUUGAUGUAUUUGCCUAUUCUCUGCCACCCGGAGUUGAGUGCCUGCGUCAUUCCUUUUGUCAUUCUAAUGGAUUUGGUGCUCAACGAGGUGGCAGGAAGCUCAAAAGUUGCAUUUACCAGUACCAUAUGUAUACAUGUUCCCCGCUCUUGUUACAGCAGCAGAGGGUGUGGAGCAAAAUCACUUAAAAAGGCAGGAAUGAAGCGACUCGAUCUAGCAAUGGAGAAGCACUCUCACAUUCCAGAUACCUUAACUGACGUUGCUCAUUGUGAUGCCCAUUACUCCAUAACCUCUCCGGUCUGCAUUUUCAAUUUGAGUCGCAUUGUUUGCUUGGAGAAGCCAUGAAUUGCCAUUGAGAUGGUCUUGGGAAGAUACAUUGCCACAGCUUGAGCACCUGUCAAGCCCACCUCACUUUCCCUCUCCCUCCCCGCACCCCUUAAAUCGCUCACAUCAUCAUUUCUGAGCUCAAUGAUGCAAUGUAUGACCACAAACCGCUAAAACUGUACUCACGUUCUCCGCACGUGGGAAAAAUUGCCUUUAGCCACGCAGCCUUCGUCCCCCAGAUUUGGUGGAGUUUUAUCCUCAGAGCAAUGCCUACUUCGAACAAUGUUUUUUUUCAAAAAAAAACCGAGGAAGAUCAAUAUGUAGAUAAACUUUGAUAUGAUUUGUAAGGACAGAAAAAUGUGCGUUGUACAUUGCUUGCGUUUUUUUUUAAAAGAAAAAAAGUUGGGUUUAACAUAGUUCUUAAAGAAGUCCUAGUAGAGAAUCUCAGAUGUUUAUUUAAAGAGAACGUUGUUCAUUUUUCUGUUAAUAUGACGUUUGUCCAUAUUGUAUAGAUUCAUUGUUUUUUGAUCGAAAAGCAAAAACUUCCACCAUUCUAACGGAAUCUGGCGACGGAUUUCUCACUUUUCACUAGAACAAUACUGAAUGCUUUCUAACAGUUAAUUGUACAGUCAAAAUUCUUAAUGUACAUACUGUAGGUUUUUAAAUAAAUGUAGUCAAAGCAGGUGCGUUUGCCUGAAGAUGGACAGAGA